GGAGCGUGGCAGCUGGCAGUAGUUCCGUCAGAGCGGACAUCUUGUGGCUGUGUCGUGCGCGUGAGCCCCGUAGGGCCGGGGAGGCACCAGCUGCCGCGCGGGGAGGAGGCCGAGGCCGCAGCUUGAGGGAGGCCCCGGCCCCUCUGCGCCUGUGUCUGGCAGAGCCGGUGUGAGACCAAGAGACAAUCCUUCCUAGCCGCCGGGAUAAUCAAGAGUUUUGGCCGGAACUUUGAACACACACCGAGAUAGUGAGGAGCCAGACGAAAAGCACAGACUAUGGCGCUGAAACGGAUUAAUAAGGAACUUAGUGAUUUGGCCCGUGACCCUCCAGCACAAUGUUCUGCAGGUCCAGUUGGGGAUGAUAAGUGUUUUCUUUUUCUAGUGUUUCAUUGGCAAGCCACAAUUAUGGGACCUAAUGACAGCCCAUAUCAAGGCGGUGUAUUCUUUUUGACAAUUCAUUUUCCUACAGACUACCCCUUCAAACCACCUAAGGUUGCAUUUACAACAAGAAUUUAUCAUCCAAAUAUUAACAGUAAUGGCAGCAUUUGUCUCGAUAUUCUAAGAUCACAGUGGUCUCCUGCUUUAACUAUUUCUAAAGUUCUUUUAUCCAUUUGUUCACUGCUAUGUGAUCCAAACCCAGAUGACCCCCUAGUGCCAGAGAUUGCACGGAUCUAUAAAACAGACAGAGAUAAGUACAAUAGGUUAGCAAGAGAGUGGACAGAGAAAUACGCUAUGUUGUAGGGUACAACAGAAUAUCUCGGGAAUGGACUCAGAAGUAUGCCAUGUGAUGCUACCUUAAAGUCAGAAUAACCUGCAUUAUAGCUGGAAUAAACUUUAAAUUACUGUUCCUUUUUUGAUUUUCUUAUCCGGCUGCUCCCCUAUCAGACCUCAUCUUUUUUAAUUUUAUUUUUUGUUUACCUCCCUCCAUUCAUUCACAUGCUCAUCUGAGAAGACUUAAGUUCUUCCAGCUUUGGACAAUAACUGCUUUUAGAAACUGUAAAGUAGUUACAAGAGAACAGUUGCCCAAGAUUCAGAAUUUUUUUUAAAAAUGGAGCAUGUGUAUUAUGUGGCCAAUGUCUUCACUCUAACUUGGUUAUGAGACUAAAACCAUUCCUCACUGCUCUAACAUGCUGAAGAAUCAUCAGAGGGGGAGGGAGAUGGAUGCUCAGUUGCCACAUCACAGGAAGCAGCAUUAUUCUAGCAGCAUCCAUUCUUGUGUAAGCCUUCCACUGUUAGAGAUUUGAGGUUACAUGAUAUACUUUAUGCUCAUAACUGAUGUGGCUGGAGAAUUGGUAUUGAAUUUAUAGCAUCAGCAGAACAGAAAAUGUGAUGUAUUUUAUGCAUGUCAAUAAAGGAAUGACCUGUUCUUGUUCUACAGAGAAUGGAAAUUGGAAGUCAAACACCCUUUGUAUUCCAAAAUAGGGUCUCAAACAUUUUGUAAUUUUCAUUUAAAUUGUUAGGAGGCUUGGAGCUAUUAGUUAAUCUAUCUUCCAAUACACUGUUUAAUAUAGCACUGAAUAAAUGAUGCAAGUUGUCAAUGGAUGAGUGAUCAACUAAUAGCUCUGCUAGUAAUUGAUUUAUUUUUCUUCAAUAAAGUUGCAUAAACCAA